AUGGCGCGCGUGCUGCUCGUCGUCGUGCUCGCCGCCGUGUCGGUCUUCCUCGUGCCGGCUGUGACCGCCAGCUGCGACGAUGAGCUGCCGGCCGAGCUCGCCGGCAACUACUCGGGGAUGGCCUGCAGCCCCGUCUGGAACAACUUCGUGCUCCGGUACGCGCAGGACGGGAACAACGUGCUGCGGGUGGUGCUGUCGGCGAUGUACAGCUCGGGCUGGGUGGGCAUGGGCUUCUCCAGGGACGGCCUCAUGGUGGGCUCCAGCGCCAUGGUCGGCUGGGUCGGCAAGACGGGGCAACCACACGUCAAGCAGUUCGCCCUCAACGGCAAGACGCCCUCGCUGGUCGUCGCCGACAGGGGGUUCCUCAUCUCCAACAACGGCGAGCACACCGUCGUCGUCAAGCAGGCCAAGAUCUACCUCGCCUUCAAGAUCAACUUCCCCUCGCCGCUCAAGCAGCAGCAGGUGCUCUUCGCCUUCGGCUCCGCCAUCCCCGUCAACGACCGCCUCGCCGAGCACCAGGACAAGACCUCCAUGAACUUUGAUUUCACCACUGGUGGCAGCUCUUCAGGGUCCUCUUUCCCGGAAGGCCUGAAAAGGACUCAUGGGGCUCUCAACCUCUUUGCUUGGGGUGUUCUCCUGCCUAUCGGGGCCAUUGUCGCUCGUUACUGCAGGGGCUGGGAUCCAUUGUGGUUCUACCUUCAUGCUGGUAUCCAGUUCGUGGGCUUCAUCCUUGGUCUGGCCGGUGUUGUGGCAGGAGUGUCACUAUAUGGCAAGAUCAAGGCAGACGUUCCGGCGCAUAGAGGCCUUGGCAUAUUUGUGCUUGUGCUAGGCAUCCUCCAGAUUCUAGCAUUCUUCCUCCGGCCCAACAAAGACUCAAAAUACCGGAAAUACUGGAACUGGUAUCACCACUGGGUAGGCAGGCUCGUGCUCUUCCUCGCAGCAGUCAACAUUGUCGUGGGAAUUAAUGCUGGACGUGCUGGUAACUCUUGGAAGAUCGGCUACGGUUUCAACCUGGCCAUCCUUCUUAUCACCGUUAUCACCCUGGAGGUCCUGGUAUGGACAAAGUGGAAAAACAACAGCAAUCGCUCAACGACAUAUUAAAUAUGCGGUUUGGUUCUUGCUGUGGGUGAUGCUCAAGGCUCUAUUAUUCUCAUGUUCUUUGUUAUGAUGUUGUUGUAACUUAUAAAACUACAUGAUCUUUUAGCAAAGAUCUACAAGAUUAGUCUAUCGACUGUGAGUUUUGGAUGUGUAUUCUGUAAAUUGUCCAGAUGUACUAGCCUCGAUGUUUUUUUCUAGCGAGAUUCAAGGUGGCAGUACAAUUUGAGUAGUUUAUUUGCCUUUUGUAGAGCUGAAUGCAUGAUAACUGCAGUCAGUUUCCCAUUGCACCGUUGUGCCUGACGAAGAAUGAAUGGUGCUGUGA